CGUCCAUACCUGGACCCAAGUUCAACUCGACGAAAGUGACCAUGGCCCGAAGCACGACAUGAGCUCCCUCGCCCGCCACUUCCAAAAAGCCAUCCAUGGAACCUUCGACUUUCCUAGAGCCGCUGCGUCCCUGCAGCUGGCGCCAUUCAGCACCUCGGCACUCGCGUUGAAGCAGAUGCCUCCCCGUCCCAAGCCGCCCCCAGACCACGAGCUCGAGGAGUCGUACUUAAAAGGCAGCGGCCCGGGCGGUCAGAAGAUUAACAAAACUAGCUCUGCGGUCCAACUGAAGCAUAUCCCCACCGGCAUCGUCGUCAAGUCCCAGGCUACGCGCUCCCGCUCCCAGAACCGUAAGAUCGCACGGCAGGUUCUCGCAGACAAGCUUGAUGUUAUGUUCAGUGGCGAGCAGAGUCGCUCUGCCAUUGUGGGAGAAGUGAAACGCAAGAAGGCGGCCAGCGCGGCCAAAAAGAGCAGGCGCAAAUACAGGAAACUCGAGGGGGCGGAAGAGGCCCCGGCUGGAGAUGCGAAAGACCCUGAAGCCGCCGUGCCAACCGAUGGUGAUUCGGAUAAGGGGGACCCGCAUACUAAGGGGCCGGCCGACUCCAGCAAGUCUUGAGAAACCGGGCUGGCAUCUCUGACUUCUCGAUCAAUUCGACGGGUUUAUGUCAACGACCUCC